AUGUCUGAUGCCAAAGUAGAACAUAAGGAGGAGCAUAAGGAGGAGCACAAGGUCGAGGCCCAUAAGGACGAGCAUAAGGACAAGGACCAUAAGGAUAAGAAGGACAAGAAGGAUAAGAAGGAUAAGGAGGGCAAGGAGCAUAAGGAUAAGGAGGGAAAGAAGGAGAAGAAGGACAAGGAGCAUAAGGACAAGGAGGGUAAAGAGCACAAGGAUAAGGAGGGCAAAGAGCACAAGGAUAAGGAGCACAAGGAAGGCAAAGAGCACAAGGACAAGGAAGGCAAGGAGCACAAGGACAAGGAAGGAAAGAAGGAGAAGAAGGACAAGGAGCACAAGGACAAGGAGGGAAAGAAGGACAAGGAAGGAAAGAAGGACAAGGAGCACAAGGAGAAGGAGAAGCAUUAA